GCUUCCCUUGCUUCUAUUCAGCUACGGCUCUGAUUAUAGUUGAUGCAUGCAUAUUUUCAAAAAAGAAAACCCAUUCAUCAAUGCUACAUCUUUUUUGGUUGUCAAGCAUUUUGAGGAGUUAUUUGUUCAAACAAAGUACAAGGAGGCUGCUGAGCUUGCUGCUGAAUCUCCUCGAGGCAUUCUCCGGACACCUGAUACAAUUGCCAAAUUUCGGAAUGUUCAUGUACAAGCUGGACAAAAUCAUCCAUUGUUACAAUAUUUUGCGACUCUAUUGACAAAAGGAAAGCUCAAUGCAUUUGAAUCAUUGGAACUAUCUUCGCUUGUUGUGAAUCAAGGCAAGAAGAACCUCUUGGAAAACUGGUUGGCGGAUGACAAGUUGGAAUGUAGCGAAGAACUUGGAGACCUUGUUAAGACUGUGGAUAAUGAUCUUGCUCUUAAAAUAUACACUAAAGCUCGGACCACCCCAAAAGUCAUUGAUGCUAAUGCGGAGAGAAAGGAGUUUGGCAAAAUACCAAUCUACUCAAAACAGGAUGCUCCGCCGCAACAUCAAGUUUUUAUCAACUUUCGAGGAGAACAGCUGCGUCAAAACUUUGUUAGCCAUCUUGUGGAAGCCCUUAGGAGAAAUGCGAUCAAUGUGUUUAUAGACAAUCAAGAGCUUAGAGGUGAAGAUAUCAGUAUUCUAUUGAAGAGGAUCGAGGAUUCUAGAAUCGCCAUUGUUGUGUUCUCGAGCAGGUACACAGAAUCAAGGUGGUGUUUGAGAGAGGCUGUGAAGAUCAAAGACUGUGUGGAGCAAGGCAUGCUCAAGGUGCUUCCCAUCUUCUACAAGGUGACUACAACCAGUGUGAAACAACUCAAAGGAGAGUUUGGUGACCAUUUCAGAGAUCGAGAGUGGGAAUAUCGGUUUGACAAACCGAGAAUUGAUAGAUGGAAAGAGGCGUUGGCCUUUCUUUCUGGUAAGCUUGGCCUCACGUUUGAUGAGAAAAGAUCUAUCGCCUCUUCACUCGUGUCUCCCAGAAUUUUGUUUCCCGUUGAUAAAGCUGAGGAGGGGGAAAUAAGUAUAGACAUGGAGGAAGACAUGGAUCUAACAGAAGAUGAUUUCAGAAAUGUGUCUGGCCAGUUUUCAGGGGAAGCAUCGAUAGUGGAGGUUCGGGAUGCUGUCAAUGUCAGUGUUGACACCGUUAAAGUGGAUGUUAGUUCUAAAUCUGGUGUUAAAAGACCCAGAACAAUCUCUCUGGAACAGCAACCUUCUGUCCAUGUUACUUAUAAACACUUAACAAGAAAUAGUAAGCAGAAGCUAGAAAGUUUAUUACAGCAAUGGUCAGAAUGGGAAGCAGAACAAAAUUCCUUGUCUGAGGAUCAAGAACAAGUACUAGAAUCUGGUGAUGAGACAUACUUUCCUGCUUUGCGUGUGGGAUUGCAGAAGACAUCAUCUUCAUAUUGGUUUGACUACCAAACUGGUCACAGUUCUUCGAAGAAGUCUGUUCCAGUGGAAAGUAGCACUACUCCUCUUUAUAAUCGUGGAUUUACAAUUGGUUUAGAUUCAUCCGGUGGUUCAAAUAACUUGGAAGGAGGCUUGGAGAUUAUUGAUGAUCCUCCACGGUGCUUCAAUUGUGGCGCAUACAGUCAUUCCAUUAGAGAAUGUCCAAAGCCUUUUGAUCGAUCAGCAGUUAGUAAUGCUCGGAGGCAACAUAAAAGCAAAAGAAAUCAGACUCCUGGAUCCCGUUUACCGUCCCGAUAUUAUCAGAGCCCUCAAGGUGGAAAAUAUGAUGGCUUGAAGCCUGGCUCACUUGAUGCAGAGACGCGUAAGCUUCUCGGUCUAAAGGAACUCGAUCCUCCUCCAUGGCUUCACAGAAUGCGAGAGAUUGGAUAUCCACCAGGAUAUUUAGGUGUAGAAGACAACGAUGAUCUCUCGGCAAUCACUAUAUUUGGUGAGGAAGAGACUAAAGAAGAGGAAGAAGGUAAGACUGAGGAAGGUGAAAUCUUGGAAAAAGCAAGCCCUCGAGAGCCAAGAAAGAUAAUGACAGUUGGGUUUCCCGGGAUUAAUGCACCCAUACCAGAAAACGCAGAUUCAUGGCUAUGGGAACAGAGGAAUAACACAGGACAUACUUAUUAUCAUGAUCACCUUCGACCACAAAAUUAUACAUAUGAGAUGGGCCCUCCAGGUAUUCAAUUGUCUUCGAGCUUUCCUCCAAGGGAACAUAGUCUGAUGGCGCCACCGCGUAAAAGGCCAUUGGACUUGAUGCCUGAUUUUCUUGAUGAAUCAGGAGAUUUCGAUGAGUUCAAUCAGCGGUUGAACAAUCUACCUGCGGAGUCGAAUGUUACAUCUGAAGAAGACGCACAGUUUCGUAGAUCGAGAUCGAAAAAAUCUCAGUCAAAUGUUAAUCGUCGAAACGGAAUGUCAAGAGAGCUAGACAAUGGUUAUUAUCCAUCAAAGCGGAGGCAAAAGGAAGCAUCGUUAAAGCUGAAUAAUUGUAGUCCUUUGAACGGUUUAUCUCCAAUCCCUCCUCUUGAGCCAUAUCCGAGUCCCGAGUCGAUUAGCUCUGCUGCGGAGAAGAAAUGUUUGAUUCCAGUGCCAAGUUUUGAGGAGGUUACUGCUAAUGCUAGAAGACGUUUAAAUACAUCCCCAAUGCCGGUUAGUAGAGAGGCUGCUUCCAACACAAACAGCGGUUCUGACAUAACGAAGGAAGAUGUGAAGAACAAUUCUCCUUUGGAUAGUAAGGAUGUUCAGGUUCCUAGUACUACCAAAGAUAAAAAAUCAGAAAAACCGAAGAUAAUCAAGGUUUAUUCUUUCGCGGAUCUGAUUACUACGACAAACCGAAGAAACAUUCAAACAAAGGAAAGGUCUUUGAACCAUGAGAAGAAACUUGGAAUUGGUGUGGAUAUUGUUGAGCCGAUAAAAUGUAAUGAAGUGACCAAGUGUGAGGUUAAUGCUGCCACAAUGUCUCUGCAAAAACGUAACAAGAGAGGUGUCUCUUUGGUCGAACGUUUCACAGAAGAAGAGAUAAAGCUGCAUAUAAUGAGUCUUAAGAAGCCAAGUAUUCAGAGCGCAACCAGAGAAAUGUGUGACCACAAGGAGGAGGAGGAGGAUGAGGAACCAUGUCAAUUGUGUGUUAAUGGCAGACUCUUGUAUCCACCACCCCCUUUAUACUGCUCAUUAUGCAACCGCCACAUCGAUGACGAAUCUUUCUAUUACACCCCCGGGGAAGAAGAACUAACCGAUGCGAAACAUCAGAUCUGCAGUCCUUGUCACACUAAAUGUAAAACCAAGUUCACUUUAUGUGGAAUCUUUAUCGACAAAAACAAAAUGCUUAAAAGGAAUAACGUUGACAACGGAGAUACGGAGGAGUGGGUUCAAUGUGAAUCUUGCGAAAAAUGGCAACAUCAGAUAUGUGGUCUCUACAAUAAGCAUAAAGAUCAAGACAAGACUGCAGACUAUUUUUGUCCUCAAUGUUUAUUAAAGGAGCUUAAAAGUAUCAACAACAUGCGACUCGAUGACAAUACGGAUUCUUCGGGAGCAAAAGAUUUGCCGGAAACCAUCCUCAGCUACUUUUUAGAGCAAAGGCUAUUCAAGCGCCUCAAGGAAGAAAGACACCAAACCGCAAAGGCUACUGGGAAGAGCAUCCAUGAUGUAUCUGAACCAGAAGGUCUUACUCUCAGAGUCGUGUUUUCGGCUGAUAAAACCCUAACCGUCAACAAACAAUUUGCCAAUUCACUUCACAGAGAAAACUUUCCUAGUGAAUUCCCUUACAGAUCAAAGGUUAUUCUUCUAUUUCAGAAAGUCGACGGAGUUGAUAUAUGCAUCUUUGCCUUGUUUGUCCAAGAGUUUGGAUCAGAAUGUAGCCAACCAAAUCAACGCAGCACAUACAUCGUAUAUCUAGAUUCCGUCAAGUACUUUAGACCUGAGAGAGUAACAUUCGGAGGAGAAGCUCUUCGAACUUUCGUUUAUCAUGAGAUAUUGAUUGGAUAUCUUGAGUAUUGUAAGCUCCGGGGUUUCACGACGAGUUAUAUAUGGGCGUGUCCACCAAAGAAAGGACAAGACUACAUUAUGUAUUCUCAUCCUAAGACUCAGCAAACCCCCCAAACUAAGAAGCUUCGCCAAUGGUAUAUGUCAUUGCUCCAAAAAGCAGCAGAGCGGAGGAUAGUGAUGAAUGUUACAAACUUGUAUGAUCGGUUCUUCGUUUCAACAGAGGAACAUAUGACAGCUGCACGGUUGCCUUACUUUGAAGGAUCUUUCUGGUGCACUCGGGCUGAGAUUUUGACUCAAGAGAUUGAGAAAGAAGGCAAUAAUGAGUUGCAGAAGAAGGUUAAAUUGCUUUCUAGAAGAAACGUAAAGACUAUGAGCUACAAAACUACGGCUGGUGUUGAUGUUGAUGAUGUAAAAAACGUUCUCGUAAUGGAAAAGCUCGCGAAAGAGGUAUUCCCAUUUAAGGAGGAUUUCAUGGUGGUGGAUUUGAAUUAUUCAUGCACACGCUGUUCGAAAGCCAUAUUAUCGGGAUUGAGAUGGUUUUGCGAGAAGUGCAAGAAUCUUCAACUGUGUGAAAGCUGCUAUGAUGCAGAACAAGAGCUUCCUGGGGAACACAUAUAUAAGAGGAAUGAGAAAGAGAAGCAUCAGCUCUCUAAGGUUCAGGUGAACGGCGUACUGUCUUCUACAACAGAGGAUAAUGAUAUCAUCCAAGAAAACGAUAUGUUCGAAAGCAGACAAGCGUUCUUAGAUUUUUCUCAAAAGCAUAACUACAACUUUCACACGCUUCGACAUGCCAAGCAUUCUUCGAUGAUGAUACUUCACCAUCUUCACACUUCAAACAAGCAACAUCACUCUCAAAACACUAGCAGUCUCACCUGCACGGCCUGCAAAAAAGAUGUGUCGACCACGAUUUACUUCCCUUGUUUGCUCUGUCCGGAUUACCGAGCUUGCACUGGAUGCUAUACCAAAAACACAACCCUGCGUCAUCUUCAUAUUUUCCCCACACUCCCUUCAGCUAAUGGAGCGCCGCCUAGAACCGUAAUGGUUCUUGAGAUAUUGAACGCAAUAUCGCAUGCGUUUCUGUGCCAAGCCACGACCACUAAGUCAUGCUCAUACCCGAAAUGCCAUGAAGUUAAACAGAUUGUGGCAGACAAUAAGGAUUCACGCGCACCAUUGCCAAGAUCUCAAAUGCCCCGUACCGCACUGCAGAGACAGGAAGGAAGUCUUGAUCAGGAAGGUGUAAAGGCACUAACAGAGGAUUCAGACGGACUAAUGUGUACAUUGCUUAGGUGCUCUGAUAGUUUUUAAAGAGAAACUGUACAGAAGCUAAAACCUUCUCUUACAUCGAUAAUUAUUCUGUUUUUAAUACUGUCAAGAGUGAUGGACUCAGGUCUUGUUUCAAAUG